AUGUCAACAAGCCCUAAAGGCCUGGGUCCCACGGUGCCUGAGCUGGGGGCUUGGGACCUGACAGCCCACGCCAAGACCAAGUUCACCAUGAUGAUAGAGCCAGUGGAGAAGGAGCUCAAAACCCUGGGAGAUCCCAAGAUAGCCAUCCUCUGUGGGAUAGGGACACAGGCCUGCAUCGCGUGCACAACCUUUGACCUGCUGGAGAAGGGUAUCGUGGCUGAUGCCGUCUCGUCCAGAAGUCAGACAGACCGGUUGUUUGCCCUGUCCCGGUUGAGGCAGAGUGGAGCCUUCCUGACCACCACAGAGGCCAUCCUACUACAGCUAGUGCAAGAUGCCAAACACCCCAACUUUAGAGAGAAGCUGUUGGUCCAGCCGUCCCCUGACACAGCCUUGCUGGCCUUCUUCAGCUCUCUGUAG